AUGUUCAGGAACAAUUACGACAACGAUUCAGUUACCUGCUCGCCGCAAGGAAGAAUCUUCCAGGUAGAAUAUGCCCAAGAAGCUGUAAAGCAAGGCUCUGUCGUCGUUGGAAUUGCUAGCAAAACACAUGCCGUCCUAGUAGCUCUCAAGCGCAACGCCGAAGAACUCUCCUCCUACCAAAAGAAGAUCAUCCCCAUAGAUCAGCACAUGGGCAUCGCCAUUGCAGGCCUAGCCUCUGACGCCCGCGUCCUCUCCAACUUCAUGAAACAGCAAUCCCUCGCCUCAAAAAUGACUUACGGCCGUCCCAUUCCCCUCGAAAACAUCGUCGACCGCGUAGGCGAGCGCGCCCAGACAAACACCCAGCACUACGGCAAACGGCCCUACGGUGUCGGCCUGCUCGUGGCCGGCGUCGACGAUGCGGGGCCCCAUCUGUACGAGUUUCAACCCUCCGGCAUGACCCAUGAGAUGGUUGCGUAUGCGAUUGGGGCGCGGAGUCAGAUGGCCCGGACGUAUUUGGAGAGGCAUCUGGAGGAGUUUGACGGGUGUGGGCGGGAUGAGUUGAUUAGGCAUGGGUUGAAGGCGUUGAAGGAGAGUUUGUCCCAGGAUAAGGAGUUGACGGUUGAUAAUACGACGGUUGGCAUUGUCGGGGUUGGGGAGGGGAAAGGGAAGGUUGAGGCGUUUAAAUUGUAUGAAGGGUUGGAUGUGGGGGUGUUUUUGGAAAACGCGAGUAAUGAGGGGACACAGGGCGGAGGUGAGGGGGAAGCGGAAGCAGAAGGGCAGCCCAUGGAAGUGGAUUCAUGA